AUGGCGUCUGCUACUGGAAUUCCACAGGAACAUCCUCGAACUAUCGAGGCCGAGGCCGAGCAGCCUUUGCUGGGCGGACCAGGUGCCGCGACACAGAGAGAGGAGAAUGCUAUGCCGUAUAAUGUUUUUACUGGCACGGCCGCGAUCGCGCAGGCUGGAAUAUGGGUGCUGACGAUCAUCGUCUGGUCGGGCGUCCUAUCCCAGCCACUGAUGCUCUUUACUGGUCAUCCGCUCCUUAACACCAUAGCUCUCCUCCUCCAAGUCCAAGGAACCCUCAUCCUCCAGCCAACGAGCACAGCACGCCAGAAGCUCAUCGGAGCCCGCUUCCACUACACCAUCCAAGGACUCAGCUUGCUCACCUUCAUCAUGGCUUUUCUCGUUAUCGAGAUCAACAAGGGCGACCAUGAGCGCUUUACAUCUCUCCAUGGCGUGCUGGGCUUGAUUACAUAUAUCAUUAUCAUUCUGCAGGCAUCUGUCGGUGUGGUGCAGUACUUCUUGCCGGUCCAGGUGCUGGGGAGUGUUGAUACGGGAAAGAAGAUCUAUAAGUAUCAUCGUGCGUCGGGGUAUGCGCUACUGAUCCUGGAGCUGGGGACUGUUACAGCGGCUACUCAGACGACGUUCAAUCUGAAUGCUUUGCAUAUUCCUUUGUGGGGGGUUGUGGCUACUUCGGUUUUGGUUGUUGCUGGCGUUGGCGCGAGGAAUGUGAUCCGACCAGCGACAGCACCAAAACCCACACCAGACAUCAAACACAUCCGCCAGAACGCAGAGAUUUAUUCGAAGAACUGUCUGGAUCGAAACUAUGCCUCUCAUUCCGAUUACCCACUCCAGAUUCGGCAAUUGUCCGAGGAGAGUCGACAACUCGAUCAUGAUCUUCAAGCUCCGCGGUCCCGCAUUAAGCAGCUAGAGAAGAUGAUUGCGAAGGUGGCUCGUGAGCAGCAGGAAAAUACGGGACAGGAGGAUUUAACAGCUCUGCGAUCUGAAGCGCAGCGAUUAAAAGAUGAAUCACACGCGCUGAACACCCGGAAAGCGGGCUGCGCGGAGGAAAUCCAGCGUCUCGCUCUCGCCCUCCCCAACCUCUCAUCCUCCGAAACUCCCGUCGGACAUGACCCUAAGUUAAUUGACUAUAUCAAUUUUGAUCCUCAAUCGCCCCCCAAAUGGGCUACCCGUGCAUCACCAGAUCCCUCCCGGUCCCACAUCGCUAUCGGCACCUCCCUGGGCCUGAUCGAUUUCACCAGCUCAGCCACCACGACUGGCUGGGGAUGGUAUUUCCUCACAAACGAAGGCGCGCUGCUCGAGCAUGCACUGGUCCAGUACUCAUUGGGCGUCGCGCGCCGUCACGGAUGGAAGAUUGUGUCCCCUCCUUCGCUUGUUUACUCGUACAUCGCAGAGGCAUGUGGCUUCCAGCCCCGCGACCAACACAAUGAGCAGCAGAUCUGGACUGUUGAGCAGAGCGAGAAGGAUAAAAACUCGAGGCCCCCGCGUUCACUGACUGGCACAGCCGAGAUCCCCCUCGCAGCCAUGUACGCCGGCCGCGACAUCGAGGCUUCCCAGCUCCCCCUCAAACUGGUAGGCUCCAGCCGGUGCUACCGCGCUGAAGCAGGAUCUCGGGGCGUCGACACAAAAGGUCUCUACCGAGUCCACGAAUUCACCAAGGUAGAAUUAUUCGGCUGGACCGACAACAACAACAACCCCACUCAACCCGAAACCGAACACCCCUCAACAAUCCUCUUCAACAACCUUCUUACCAUCCAAACUGAAAUCCUCACUUCCCUCAACCUUCCUUGCCGCAUCCUCGAAAUGCCAACUGGAGACCUCGGCGCCUCCGCUUUUCGAAAACGCGAUAUCGAAGCCCUCUUCCCCUCUCGCCUACGCAACACCUCCGAUCUCGAACCCGCCUGGGGCGAGGUCACCUCCGCGUCUAUCUGUACGGACUACCAGAGUAGACGACUGGGAACGCGGGUGCGCGGUGGGUCGGCGAAGGAGUCUAGAUUCCCCCAUACGGUUAAUGGGACAGCGAUGGCAAUUCCCAGGGUACUAGCGGCGAUUUUGGAAAACGGGUGGGAUGAGAAGAUGGGGGUUGUUGUUGUGCCAGAGGUUUUGAGGGGGUAUAUGAAUGGAUUGGAGGUUAUUGGGAGGCAAUGA